AUCAAACUUCCAUUUUUCUCUUGACUAAAAUCCACUAUUUUCAGUGACUUAUCAUUUCUUUUCUCCCGACUGCAUUCGUUGCGACCCUCAGUGAGAGGGGGAUUUUCCUCCAACCUGUGGAAAGGAAAGUGUCAACUUCUCCUGAUUGCCAUAUAUUUGACAUGUGCUUCAGGAUGAAAAUGCGGCGGCACAGGGUGUUCUUGCUGUGCACGGUGGGCCUGUGCGUCAUCUCCUUCCUGCACUACUACAAGGCCCUCCACUAUGUGUCCCUCCUCCGCGAGCUCUCGGCGCCGUAUCCCAACAUCAAGUCCAUCGUGGUGCCCGGAUUCUUCUGGCAGGAGAAGGGACCCGGAACAGGCAUGCCGCUCAGCCCCGCUUCUCCCGAGGAGGCGCCCCCGCUGACGGUCCUCCGCCCGUCGCUCCCCAAAACCAGAGCUUCGGCCGAGGGGGACCGGGUCGCGGCCGAGGCGGAAGGGACCGGCGCGGUGGCCAGCGUGGGACUGGAGAUGAGGAUCGGGGAGGUGCCGGCGCCUCCUCACCCUUGGGAGAAACCGGACGAGAACCCGAGGGGGGACCUUCCGAGUCUGCAGCAGGAAAAUGGCCUUCCCCUACGGCAUCCCACCCACCUGAGCGGCGACCCGGCCCACCCGACGGCGUUCCUCAAAACCGGGCCGCCCUCGGACUCGUCGGAAUCCAUGGGCGACCUGCACACCCGCACUUACCGACUGCGAGACGACAAGACGCCGUACUUUGCCCGAACCCGAGCCGGGGCGCUCUGCUUCCGACAGGGCACUGAGGUGGUCGGACCCAAAGCGGGCGGCGCCGGCGGGGCGGCCGCCCUCCCCGGCGGGGCCGCCGGCACGGGCCAUCGCAAACCUCUGCAGCUCCAGCAGCGGGCCUCGGCGCCGCCCAAGGCCAAGACCCGGGCCACGCGGGGCGGGCGGCGGCUGGUGAAGUGCGUGUGCCGGCCCGGCUGGCACGGCCCCUACUGCGGGGUGCCCACCAUGGUGUACCACUCCAACCUGCCCACCAAGGAGCGUCUGACGCCCAGAGAGUUGCCCCGCCGCGUCAUCAACGCCAUCAACGUCAACCACGAGUUCGACCUGCUGCACGUUCGCUUUCACGAGCUGGCGCAGGCCGUCGACCUCUUCCUCGUGUGCGAGUCCAACUUCACCGCCUACGGCGAGAGAAGACCUCUCAGUUUUCUGCGUCUGCUCCUGAACGGCACCUUCGACUACGUGCGCCACAAGAUCCUGUACGUGUUCCUGGACCAUUUCCCCGAGGGCGGGCGACUGGACGGCUGGAUCGCCGACAACUACCUGCGCACGUUCCUGACGCGCAACGGCAUGUCGCGGGUGGAGGGCGGCCGGCCGGACGAUGUCUUUGUCAUCAACGACGCCGACGAGAUCCCGGCUCGCGAGGGGCUCCUCUUCCUCAAGCUGUUUGACGGCUGGACCGAGCCCUUCGCCAUCCACAUGCGCAAGUUGCUGUACGGCUUCUUCUGGAAGCAGCUGGGCUCCCUGGAGGUGGUGUCGGGCUGCACCACGGGCAUGCUGCACGCCGUCUACGAGGGCGACGGCAUCAAGCUGCGCCGGCGCAAGUACUACACCAUGGCGGCCUUCCGCAAGUAUGAGAACGACACGGGCCACAUCCUGGUCCAGUGGUCCCUGGGCAGCCCCUUCCACUUUGCCGGCUGGCACUGCUCCUGGUGCUUCCCCCCCGAGGGCAUCCUCUUCAAGCUGGUGUCGGCCCAGAACGGCGACUUCCCGCGCUGGGGUGACUACGAGGACAAGCGCGACCUGGGCUACAUCCGCCAGCUGAUCCGGACCGGCGGCUGGUUCGACGGCUCCCUGCAGGAUUACCCGCCCGUGGACCCCAAGGAGCACAUGUACGCACCCAAGUACAUGCUGGACCACUACCAGCGAUACCGCUACCUCCUGGAGAACCCUUACGCCGAACGACGCUGACCCGAGCGGGACCGGUCUGGGAACCGGACCGGACUGGACGCGACCACUGGAUUUACGCAAGCGCUCGUUUGCCCCUCCACUCUUUCUUGUCGUCACGUUUGGAGACUUCCUCUUCACACACACGCACACAUGCAUCUUCCUGCGUGUGCGUGAGCGAGAUGGACUACUCGUGUGUGUGUCUGUGUGUUUGAACCAACGAGCCAUCAUCAGUCAAAGGAGGUUUUUGCUGUGAUUUGAUUGCGCCCACAUGUGGAUCGCAAGUGUGUGUGUGUAUGGGGGAGUGUGUGUGUACUAAUCCGUUGUGAGUUACCAGUGUGCGUGUGUGUGCGUGCGCUUUUGUAUGUUAAAGGGAGGUUUUGCUGUGGUUUUGCCCCCCCAGCCCUUCAUGAGAAUUGCAGGUGUGUGUGUGUGCGUGUGUGUGUGUGUGUGUGUGUGUGCGUGUGCGUGUGUGUGUGUGUGUGCGCCAAUCAUAAGUGAGUGUUGAGCGUGUGUGCUCGCGGCAGGCCAAAAGAACGUUUGACUCCUCCUCGGAAACAAAUCGUACGUCCCGAGAAGAUGAGCGAGUGGCCACUUCCGUUUGCGUGUUUUGUUGAUAUCAAAUAAUGUACCGUUUUUUUCCUUGUAUAAUGGGCAAAAUUUAACUAAUUUAUUGUCCUAAAAUCUGGGGUGCGCAUUAUACAUGGGUACAAUUUUUUUUUUUUUUUUUUAAGAAAGUCAUGGUACAACAAAACCAACAACAGGACUGACCGACACAGACGUGGAACAAAAAGAAGGUGACAUUACCAAAGACAGGAACAUAAACCAAACAGACAUCAUGACAUCAUCCGACGGUGAGCGAGGCGCAGGCAGGACUUAAAUACAAAACACGUUACAUUGAUUGAGGUGACACAGGAAGAGAGGGGCGACGCGAACAGAAACUAUGGCAACCUAGACACAUAGCAAAACUGGGGACGAGACAUGACAAAUCUCCCUCGAAAUAAAACUUGAAAUCACCUUUCUUCUUGUUUGUUGUCAAUCGCGCAUCGCAUUCAGCCAUCCUGCCCAACACACUUAGUCAGUAAAAUUCAUAAUUGACGACACAUCGUUUGAUGCGAUGGUGCAAUCCUUGAUGGUGUGUUAUUGUCAAAUAUUGUUUGUUUUUUAAUCUCCAUCGCGGACCGGAUGUCAUACGGAGGCCGCCAUUACAGAUGCGCAGAACGGUUGCGCAAGACACGUCAGCUAUAUAAAGAGCGAGAGUUCAGUUCUCCACCUAUUAGUUUCAAUUCACAGUUUAAUUAGCAGUUUCAAUCAGCAAAUAACAAAAUGCGUAUUACAGGUAAUAUUUUAUUUCACAACACUUUGCCUUGUUCCUUUCGUCUCUGCUGUUCACUUCAAACACGCUCCAUACGACCGCAAUGCUCUCGUAUCAGACGCUUGCUCGAUCACCUGCUUGUUUGCUGUCUGUCACAAUAUACCCUACACAAAUCCGAAACAUUUGUUGCGGCUCCGAGUCACGACGAGGGGCAAGUUUUGGUUUCCAAGGGUGUUUUUAUUCCUCUUCAAUGUCUCUCCCAUACAGAGCCGCCUUUUUCACAUGUCCGCACGCCACUUUCCUCUCUUUUCAUCUGAUCGCGGUGGUGCCUUUACGGGCAGUCGGAGAAAUCAACGCCAACCAAAAAAGUUACAUCCAGCCUAGUUAAGACCAUACCAAAGACUAUAAAAAUGGGACCCAUUGCCUCCCUGCGUGUGUGACGAUCAUUGG